AGAAGAGUCUUGUUCCCCAUUCAAACCUUUUGUGAGCUUGACUUGGCAGCAUCUUGGACCAUUGUACCCUCCAGUCCUUGUUUUGCAGCAAUCCCCGCCUUAUUCCUUUCCUACUUUUCACAGAGAAAGCCUUUCGUUUCUGGCAUGCUAGCGGACCCUCCACCUUACUAGCUGUCAUACAUGUAACAAUGGCACAACCCGAUCUCACAUCGCAUCACGUCAAUUACCUAAUAUGGAGGUAUCUUCAAGAAUCUGGGCAUGGCGAGGCUGCACUCACCUUACAGCGCGCGUGGAAUCAAGACCCGCAGAGUUUGCCGUUUGCCCCAUACAUCAAAACUCAUGCUCUGGUAUCCUUGGUGCAAAAGGGCCUGCAGUAUCAUGAACUAGAGCAUUCGCUCGACAGGGAUGGAAAUCCUACGGCCUUCACAUCGUCUGACUACUUUUUCGGGCCUACGCCGCUGGAACCCGAAACUGAAAAGGGUCAAAGUGGCCCCGGGGAGGCAGGCGUUGGCACAGACCAGGCGCCUGUCUCGCCCACAAGCAAAGUUCCGCGAGAUGGCGGCGUGAUUAACGGUCACUUGACGGCCGAGGCGGCGGCGGCACCCCAAGCACCAGCACCAGCACCACCUCAAGCUCCCACCAGUGUGAAGAAGCCGCAUAAGAAUGGAGAGGCCAACGGCGAUGAAACUCCCAUGGAAAUUGAUACUAAUGGAGUAACGACUGAAAGCAAACCCGAAGUAGUCGAUGAGUCGCCUCGAACAGCCGACAUGGUGGUGGACGGUGACGGAGAUGUGAACAUGGGUGGCCGACCGGAUUCGCAGGACCAGGAACCAGCACCAGCACCAGCACCGGUGGCGCCGACCUUCACCUUAACCACCGGCCACAGCGUUGGCGUCCAGAUCACCCCCGCCAAGGCCGCCGACCUUGGGCCCAACACCGCCAUCCUCGAUCUGGCUAGUGAUGAUCACGUGACCCGCACCCUCUGGCGCCCUCGCGACCCUACCACCGUCGUGGCCGCUGGCGAUACCUUCUGUAGCCUGUGGAGGCUGUCUUCAACCUCGGAUCCGGUACAAGAGAAACUCGUAGCGAACAAGGGGGAUAGCACCUGUGUUUCGGCGGUCGCCUGGGACCCAUUGGGUCAGAAGCUGGCCGUCGCGACCUACAAUGACAUGAGAGGCUCCAUCACCAUGUAUGACGUGUCUGGAAAUGCUGUCGAUCUUCUUCCCGAAGUACCGCGGAUGAUUACUGGGUUGCACUGGGCGGAAAGCGGGUCCCAUCUGAUCGUGGUUGCUUCAGACAGCAGAAUCUCCGAGCUAGCGCUCUGGGACGACUCAUUACGACCAGACGAAUUCCCAUCGCCUCAGGUUAUCGAGGGAUCAGUCUUCGAUCUUUGCUGGUUGGGCUCCAACCAGGCUUUUGCUUGCGGUAACGGGACGGUCUAUCAAUGCGAUGUCGAUUCGAGUAUUCACAUCGCCAAGACGUUCUCAUCUGGCGACUCUGAUCAGCCCUGGUCAUUUAUCCGCUGUGCUAAUGCCGGCUCUUCAUCCGUGGCGGUAGCUGCAUCUUCCGCCAAUGCUACACUAUGGGUGCCUACCCAUGAUAUGCGCCAUGAGGGUGCCCAUGAAGGGGAUAUCACGGCCAUUGAGCUAAAGCCCAAUAUGGAACAACAACAGGAGCAGCAGCAGCAGAAAGCACAACCACUUGUUUUGGCCACUUCUGCCACCGAUGACACGGUCAAGGUAUGGCAUUUGGAUCUGGAGUCCAAACAGUUCAAUUGUAUUCACCGAUUGUUUCUCGGCCCAUCGGCACCCGCUCUUGCUAGCACUUUCUCUCCCGACGGAUACGCCCUUGCCGCUGCCAGUAAAGAGAGUCUUUUCAUUUGGAAUGCACAACGUGGAGGCACUGCGCUGGCUACCUGGAGAGUGCCGGGUCCCGAAGAGCAGAAAAAGGAGGAGUCUAGUCCCAUGGUGAAUGGGCACAAUGGCACUGCGGAGUCGGUGCCGGAUCGCAGUCUAGCGUGGGAUACCGAUGGCAAGAAGCUUGCUUUCGGUUAUGGAAACCAGCUAGCCAUCGUAAAUCUGCAGCGCUGAUAUAUACGAGACAUGCGAGCCGGCUGCGUUACGAUCUCUUACUUUCCGAUAGUACAUUAAGAAAAUGGUAAAUAGCCAUCCGAUACACAUUUGACGUUAUUAUUUUGCGACGAAGGCAGGCCGGACUCAUCCCUAGCUUGGUGCUGCACUCAGCGUCGGCACCUCUGCUAGCGCUCGUCUCUCCGCUC